GACCGCGCCUCCUAGGGAAGCUCCCUUGUUGAGCCUCGCGCGGCAGGAAAAAGUAUCGUCACGCAGCCACCCUGCGCGUUCCCGGCUGUGGGCACAGCCAGGCACGCGUGAGUGGACCCCUUUGCCCGAUCUCUACCUUGGUAUAGAGCCCUCCACGCGCUCGGGAUGAAGCCCGAUUCCUGGAGCUCCCGGCUUCCCAUUUUCAGCUUUCCGCGAUCGUUUCCUCCUACAUUUUACUCUUUUUCAAAUUACUUUUAGGUUCCUGAUUGUCUACUCUACCUGUAGUCCCGCCUUGCUUAGUUGAAAAUGUCGUUUGCUUUGAAGGGAGUCGCGUACAUCACCGGUGCGGCGUCAGGAAUCGGCCAAGCAACCGCCUAUGCCUUCGCGCGUCAAGGCGUCCGCUCCUUUGCCCUCCUCGACCGCAACCCGCCGACCGAAACCAUCAAAACCCUGCAAUCCCUGCACUCCUCCCUCUCCAUUAAAGCCAUCGAGCUGGACGUGGCCUCCGAAGCCGCCGUCAACGACAGCGUGGCCGCCACCGUCAAGGAAUUCGGCCGCAUCGACUACGCCGUCAACAACGCCGGCAUCGGCGGCAAGAUGGGCCUCACGCAGGACAUCCCCCUCGACGACUUCCAGCGCGUCCUGGACGUCAACACCAAGGGCGUGUGGCUGUGCCAGCGCGCGCAGCUGCGGCAGAUGAUGACACAGGAGCGCCCGGCGAAUCCGCGCGAGUACCGCGGGACGAUUGUGAAUAUGGCGAGUAUGUACGGUAUUGUUGCGGCGAACGCGAAUGUGCCGUCGUCGGCGUAUGUGACGAGUAAGCACGCGUGUGUGGGCUUGACGAAGGCAGAUGCGGUCACGUAUGCUGCGCACGGGAUACGAAUUAAUGCGAUUUGCCCCGGGUAUGUGGCGACGCCGCUGGUGGGGGGUAGUACGGCGGAGGUGAUGAGUGAUAAGAGCGGGAUUAUGGCACAGGAGCUGGCGAAGGUGCCGUUGGGACGGUUGGCGUUGCCUGAAGAAAUUGGGGAUGCGAUUGCGUUUCUGGCGAGUCCGGCGAGUAGUUUUAUGGUGGGCUCGCCGAUGAUUGUGGAUGGGGGGUUUUCGCCGCA